AUGUCGUCGAGUGGGAAUUUUGAACGGAGUGAAAAUGAGCCACAUGUAGUGGCUGGAGAGGGGACGGAAACUGCUGAGACGGCUUUGCCAUCCACUCUACGUGCGGAAAUCAACUCAACACGAGGAAGACGUGACUCGGAAGAGAGUGAUGACCAGACAGCAAUGGAUGAAUUGCAGGCACUUUUCCGGCGGUGCCAUAAUUCUUUGCCGUUUGUGGCACUCUUUCUAAUUUAUUUUGCAUACCAACAUGCGACCGGGAUCCUGGUUUUUGUGGUUGGCACAGCUGCAGUCAUGGGACUCGACCAGCGCAUGCGAGCACAGGUCGCACUAAAGGAUAAGGCUAGCACGUGGCACCUCGUGAGUAUUGUUACCAUGUGUGCAAUUGAUAUGGUUGCGAUCUGCUCCGUUGAAGGCGAGCCGAAUCCGGUAUAUCACUUUCCGCAAAUACUUCAGCUGAAAACAGACCAUGGCAGUGACAGUACAAGCGAGCUUUUCUCAACUGGUGGUAUCUUUUGGCAGGUGCUUUGGACGGUGCUUGUGAACGAUUUCCUGAUUCGAAUAUGGAGUGUCGUUGUAAAAGCCUUGGUAGCUGGUGCGAAAUCUGACCGCUUCCAGUGUAAAAGAAAGUUUAGGGAUGAAUUGACAACAAAUGCGGACGAGUCUCCAGCCGUAGUGAUAGCGGACGAAGAAACUGAUAGCACUACAAUGGCGGCACCACUUACUCAGCCAGCUGUUUCGACGGUCGCCUUCUACAGACGAAAGCGAAAGCUAUAUGGGAUCAUUGAGAUGUGCUCUAUUUUCUUGCGGUCUCUUCUUGCCAGUAUCCCGUGGUGCAGUUUUUACCAGCUUUGUGCCUCGAAGUUUAUGGCAGACGUGUUCACUUUUGCCUACCUCUUUAUCAAGGGCUUAAUUCUCGCUAGUCAGGGCAGACGUAUCUUUAGACUGGUACGUUCUUUCGUUACGUUGGGGCUGGAGUUCGGGAUAUAUGUCUCGCUAGAUGAGCUGGUGGAGGCAGGGUCCCCUGACUGCUCUAUAUGCUACGAGUCCAUGAAACGUCCUGUUAAGCUUGCUUGCUCGCAUAUGUUUUGCGAAGAAUGUGUGACCGAGUGGUUCGACCACGAGCGUUCAUGCCCAUUGUGUCGAGCUAAUGUGGAAUCGUCUGGUCCGACAGAUGCGGAGAACGCGAAGCCACAAUAUCUUGACGGUCGGACUAGCCUCGUGCCACAGCUUUUGUAG